AUGAUAGCAACGCAGAUGGCGCCGGUUCGCGCUCUGCUGCUCGUCCUAGUCGCGAUGCAGGCGUGGUUCGCGCCCGUGCGCGCCGCCAACUCCACUAACUCGACUGCCAGUGCCAACUCCAAGCAUUUGGAGACCAGCUCGCUGCUGACAUGCAUGGAAAACUCGCAACUCACCGCGUCGUACUUCGACGUCAAGUUCUACCCCACCAACUCGUCCGUUGUGUUCAACAUCGAUGCCACCACCACCAUCUCCGAAGAGAUUAUCGCCAAAGCGCAGGUGAUCGUCUACGGCCUCGACAUCAUGGACAAAACCAUCAACUUCUGCAGCCUGGGUCAGGCCGCGCUGUGCCCGCUCAGUGCCGGUAGAAUCGACGUCAGCUCCACCUACACCAUCGACAGCGACCUUAUCGGCCAGAUCCCCAGCGUCGCGUACACCAUCCCGGAUCUCGACGCGCAAGUUCGCGUCGUGGCUUACGCCGCCAACGAUACACAGUUCACCACCCCGCUUGCGUGUGUGAUUGCACAGCUGAGCAACGGCCGCACUGUUCAAACCAAGUAUGCGGCCUGGCCUAUCGCUGCCAUCUCCGGUCUCGGUGUUCUGACCUCCGGUUUCGUGUCUGUGCUUGGCCACUCCACCACUGCAGCCCACAUCGCCUCCAACUCCAUCUCGCUAUUUGUGUACUUUCAGAAUCUCGCCAUAACCUCCAUGAUGGGGGUUUCUCGUGUGCCCCCAAUCGCAGCGGCCUGGUCGCAGAACUUUCAAUGGUCCAUGGGUAUAAUCAACGUUAAGUUCAUGCAAGAUAUCUUCAAUUGGUACAUCCAAUCUACCGGAGGUGAGUCCACUGUUGUCGUCGCUAAUAAGGACGUUCUUUCCAUCUCGGUCCAGAAGCGCAGAGUCAAAAGAGCGCUUGUCGAAGGUGCAAAGCAUCUGUACAAGAGAAUCUCCGUUACUACUACCACUGACUACGACUACAGUAACCUUUUCACGGAGAGCUCCCUCUACACCACAGAUGAAAGAAACUCUACCAACUACGCCUCCAAGACUUUGGUGCUUCACGGUAUUCAGAGAGUAGCUUACAAGGCUGGUAUUGAACUUUCCAAUUUUUUCCUCACCGGAGUGGUCUUUACGUUUUUCUUUAUGUUCGUCGUUGUCAUCGGUCUAAUGUUUUUCAAAGCAUUGGUCGAAAUACUGACCAGAACCCGUGUAAUGGCUGAGUCCUCCAAAUUUUUCGAAUACAGAAAGAGCUGGGGAAACAUCAUUAAGGGCACUCUUUUCAGGCUUUGUAUCAUUGCUUUCCCACAACUUUCCAUCCUGGCAAUCUGGGAGUUUACUCAGCGUGAUUCUCCAGCAACCCUUGUAGAUGCCGUUGUUAUCCUCGCCGUUGUGUGUCUUCUAUUGUUAUAUGGUGUCGUAAGAGUUAUCAUUAGAGGCCGCGAGUCUCUAAAACUGUACAAAACACCUGCCUACCUAUUGUAUGGUGAUGCCAGUUUUUUGAAUCGAUACGGAUUCUUGUAUGUUCAGUUCAAGGCUGAAAAGUACUGGUGGCUCAUUCCGCUGUUGACAUAUUCUUUCUUCAGAUCUCUUUUUGUUGCCGUACUUCAAGAACACGGGAAGGCACAGGCAAUGGUUAUUUUCGUUAUUGAGCUUGUCUAUUUCGUCGCGGUUUGUUGGAUAAGACCGUAUCUUGACAAGAGGACUAAUAUAUUCAACAUUGCCAUUCACUUGGUCAACUUUUUGAAUGCAUUAUUCUUCCUAUUUUUCUCUGAUUUAUUCAAUCAACCAAUGGUGGUAUCCUCCGUUAUGGCAGUUGUACUUUUCGUUCUGAAUGCGUUAUUUGCAUUGAUUCUUCUGAUAUUCACAAUCGUAACAUGUUUGUUGGCCUUGAUUUACAAGAAUCCAGAUGCUCGUUACCAGCCUAUGAAAGACGAUCGUGUUUCCUUCAUUCCAAAAAUUCAAGCAAAUGGUGCUAAUUCUAAAUCUGAAACAGAGCUGUUCGAAUUAGGGAAGGCGGCUAUGAUUACAAACGAUAUUUCCCAAGAGACAUCAGAAAACACGUUGCUCAAUCAAAAUAACGGUCGCAGGAAACUCCUCUUUGAGGAUGAGAUGGACGAUAGCUCUAUGUUUGGAGAUCAACGUGGUGACGCAAGACAAAGCAGAUCUUACAGCAAUAGCCUCGAGCCGCAGCCGAUACAACCGAACUCUGCCGUUCUUAAUCCAACUGCAUUCAGCAGUCCUUACCAAAAAGUACCAACUGCUCCUUCUAGUGGAAGCGUUAACAGUUUAAGGCGGCCGGAGAACACUUUUAACAAUAAUACUUCCUACCAGGGCUACCAAGGUUAUCAGGGCAGCAAUAGUGCUAAUCCUUACUCAAAAGGUAACUCAUAUCUUUGA